UCAUUUCUUCAUGGAGCAGCAAUGUCUUCCAAAACUAAAACCCUAGAUUCUCAUUCCCUAUUUCUUCAAGCUCACAAUUCCUCAAAGAUUCAGAUUCCAAAUUCCAUUCCUCCUCCUCAUUCAUUCUCUCUCCUCUCAGACGGUUCUCCUUUGCCAGCAAUCCCCACUGAUUUCCCUCAAUCAAAACUCAUUCCGAAGACUCGUUUUGUCGUCGACGGUUUCCGACUCUCCGGCGACUUCUCCGUCUCCUAUUUCCUCUCUCAUUUUCACUCCGAUCACUACGCCGGCUUAUCAUCGGGUUGGUCCAAAGGUAUCAUCUUUUGUUCCCGCAUCACCGCUCGUCUACUUGUUGAAAUUCUCAACAUAUCUCCGUUGUUUAUUGUUUCAUUGGAGUUGUCUGAGUCUGUUUCUAUCGAUGGUUGUGAUGUUACCAUUAUUGAUGCAAAUCAUUGCCCCGGUGCUGUUCAAUUCCUUUUCAAAAUCUCCUCUUGUGGCGGCAAGAGUGAGACGUACAUACAUACGGGCGAUUUUCGCUUUUGUGAUUCGAUGAAAUAUGAGCCUGCUCUUGGUAAAUUUAUUGGGACAGAUGCUGUUUUCCUAGAUACUACUUAUUGUAACCCUAAAUUUGUGUUUCCAUCGCAAGAGGAGUCUAUUGAGUAUAUAGUUGGUGUGGUAGACAGACUAGGGGUUGAAAACGAGGGUUCAUUGAAGUCUGUUUUGUUUCUUAUUGCUACAUAUGUUAUUGGAAAGGAGAAGAUUUUGCUUGAAAUUUCACGUAGGUGUAAAAGGAAGAUAUAUGUGGACAGUAAGAAGAUGAAGAUUAUGACUUGUGCGGGAAUUGGGAAGGACACAGUGUUUACUGAGGAUGAAUCUGAGACUGAUGUUCAUGUUGUUGGAUGGAAUUUGUUGGGCGAAACAUGGCCAUACUUCAGACCUAAUUUCUCAAAAAUGGAGGAGAUUAUGAAUCAGAAGGACUAUGACAGAGUUGUUGGUUUUGUUCCAACUGGGUGGACUUAUGAGGUAAAACGGAACAAAUUUUCUGUUCGGUCUAAGGAUAAAUUUGACAUACAUCUGGUUCCAUAUAGUGAACAUUCAAACUAUGCCGAGCUUAGAGAGUACAUAAAAUUUCUUAAGCCUAAGCGUGUUAUUCCCACAGUAGGCAUGGAUAUAGACAAAUUUGAUAGUAAACAUGUGAAUGCAAUGCUAAAGCAUUUUGGUGGUUUAAUUGAUGAAAUGGCAGUUAAACAGGAUUUUUUACUUCCUUUUUAUCACGGGCAUCAGGGAACAGAAGGAAAUGCUCACAAAGAAGCUGGCAAUGUACAAAAAAAGGAAAUUGUCCUUGGAAAAGAGGGCCAAUUGCCUCAUAUAACAGAUACUGUUGAUGUUAGCACGGAAAAAACAUUACAUUCCUUUGGUUCCGAGCAAGAGUCUUGUUUGGAUAAUUUAGCUAAAUUGCACGAGGACAAAAAUGAUCAAAUAGUUCAACUUCGUGAUUGUUUACCUUCAUGGGUAACUAAUGACCAAAUCGUUGAUCUUCUAAGUGUCUCGAGGGAUAACAUUAUUGAUGCAGUUUCUAAUUUUUAUGAAAGGGAGACUGAGUUUUAUGACCAGGCCAUGGCGUUGGCUGUGAAAAUCAAUCCAGUAAAUGUAUCUGCAUUACCAGCUAAACAUUGUUUCACUAAUAUUAGUGGGAGUUCUCCUAUAUCUACUUGCUAUAGUAAACUUAAGUCUCCUGCUAAGGAAAAUUCGACUAAGAGCAGCCUCACUCCUAGAAAAGCAAAAGCAAGUGUGAAGAAUAAGCCUAGUAAGAAGGCUAGAAACAGUUCUUCCAAUGUAGAACCUAGUAGUUCAAAACAACGAACUAUAACGAGCUUCUUCAACAAAAAUUCAUCGACUGCCCCUCAAGAUGUUGAGGUUAAGAUUUCCUCAGAGGAACAAUCAAGUUGUAAAAGGUUGUUGAUGAUUGAACCUACUAUCUUGUAUGAACAAGAGGUAAACCAGUUUAUUCAGAUUUUAAACGGCAACGAAUCAUUGGUAAAUGUUGCUAAAAAAUUACUGGAAGAAACAAAAGGAGAUGUUAACAUGGCACUGAACAUAUAUUAUAGCAAACCAGAGGGAUAUGUUGAACAAGAAAACAACAGGUCGUUAGACACUAUAACAGCUGCCAAGACACUGUCUUGUAGUCAAGAUCUUUUUUCUCAGAAAGAGAAAAUGUCAUCUUUUAAACUUCAGAGUACAAUUAGCCUGCCUGCACAUGGUUUGUCUCCGAAGAAGACAGAUCGAGGGCUUGUAUCACUCUCACUAGAAAAAUAUUCUCCAAUUGAGCACGCACCCUGGAAUCAUGGGCAACCAGCUCCGUAUAUACAUAUUGCACGAACUUUUUUCCUUGUUGAGAAUGAAAAAGGAAGGAUAAAAGCUACAUCAAUGUUAUGCAAUAUGUUUCGUAGCUUAUUGGCUUUGUCUCCUGAGGAUGUGCUGCCUGCUUUGUACUUGUGCACAAAUAAGCUUGCUCCUGACUAUGAAAAUAUUGAGCUGAAUAUUGGAGGAAGUAUAGUUGUAGCAGCUUUGGAAGAGGCUUGUGGGACUGAUAAAGCAAGAAUAAGGGAGCUCUAUGAGAGCUUAGGGGAUCUUGGUGAUGUUGCUCAACUCUGCCGACAAACACAAUCAUUACUAGCUCCUCCACCACCUCUAUCUAUCCAACAUGUAUUUUCAGUGCUUAGGAAGAUAAGCAUACAAACAGGUGGUGGCAGUACUGCUCGAAAGAGAGGUUUAAUUGUGAAUCUCAUGCGUUGUUGCAGAGAGAGUGAAAUAAAGUUUAUUGUCAGAACAUUGGUUAAGAAUCUCAGGAUAGGGGCUAUGAUGAGGACUGUUCUGCCUUCAUUAGCCCAAGCUGUUGUUAUGAAUUCCUCUGUUUCCACUGAAGCUGAGAAUUUAAAGGAACAACUUCAGUGCAUUUCUGAAGCAAUUGUUGAAGCAUACAACAAAGUGCCAAAUUUGGACUUGCUUGUACCGUGUCUCCUUGAGAAGGGUGUUGACUUUUCUUCAACAACUUUAUCUGUUGUACCAGGCAUUCCGAUCAAGCCAAUGCUCGCCAAAAUAAGCAAUGGAAUUCCUCAGGCUCUAAAGCUCUUUGGAAAUAAGGGUUUUACAUGUGAAUACAAAUAUGAUGGCCAACGUGCUCAAAUCCACAGAGUAGCUGAUGGAACUGUGCGUGUGUUCUCAAGAAAUGGGGAUGAAACUACUCUAAAAUUUCCCGAUUUGGUUAACAUAAUUAAGGAAUCAUGUAUGGACACUGCAUCAACCUUCAUCGUGGAUGCAGAGAUAGUAGCAGUUGAUAGGAAGAAUGGAUGCAAACUUUUAUCCUUCCAAGAACUGUCUUCUAGAGAGAGAGGCGGCAGAAAUUCCUCCAUUUCGAUUGAUAACAUAAAGAUUGACAUUUGCAUCUUUCUCUUCGACGUGAUGAUUGCCAAGGGCGAACAGUUGUUGGAUUUUCCUCUACGCCUAAGACGGAAAUAUUUGAGAGAUUUGUUUGGUGAGGAGAAGUUGGGCUACUUAGAAUAUGCAAAAGAGAUGACAGUUGAAGCUGAGGAUGUUUUGAAGACCAAUGAAGCAACAAUGACGAGAUUGAACACUUUUCUUGAUGAUGCUAUCCGUUCCUCAUGUGAAGGGAUUAUGGUCAAAUCUCUUGAUAUAGAUGCCAAAUAUUGCCCGUCAAAGCGAUCUGAUUCUUGGCUAAAGGUGAAGCAAGAUUAUGUGGAAGGGAUGGGUGAUUCUCUGGAUUUAGUCCCCAUUGGUGCUUGGCAUGGAAAUGGAAGGAAAGCAGGAUGGUAUAGCCCGUUUCUUAUGGCAUGCUACGAACCCGAUUCUCAGGAAUUUCAAAGUGUUUGUAGAGUCAUGUCAGGUUUCUCAGAUGCUUUCUAUAUAGAGAUGAAGGAGUUGUUCUCGGGGGACAAAGUUUUGUCGAAAAAACCAAUGUACUAUGAAACAGCAGAGACUCCGGACAUGUGGUUUUUGCCGGAAGUGGUUUGGGAGAUAAAGGGUGCAGAUUUUACUGUAUCGCCUGUACACAAAGCUGCUGUGGGUCUUGUUCAUCCAUCCCGAGGCAUAUCGGUCAGGUUUCCUAGAUUUGUUCGAGCUGUGACAGACAGAAAACCAGAAGAAUGUAGUGUAGCCAUGGAUAUAGCCGAAAUGUUCCAUUCUCAGACAAGAAAGAUGGAAGUUACUGACAGAAGAACAUAGAUUAUUGCCAUUUUAGGUUUUUUGCAUAACAAGGUAGGUUUUAAAGUUAAAUAGAUCAAGUAGCAGCAGAUGAAAUGUACCAGUUUUUGUACAGUUUGGACAUUUAUAUGCUGCCCUACACCCUCCAAUCAUUUGAUUAUUCUUUUUGUGGGUCUUAGGGUUUUGUUUUUUGCUUAAUGAAUAACAUUCAAUGUUCUGAUAAUAUAAUUUUUUCUUAAC